CCUCGAGAAUGUUCCGAAAGCAGCGGUCGAAGGUACGAGAAAAGAGUAGAAGCUUCCCAAGCUUUGGCCGUGCUACGGAAUCACAACUCCGAUCGAAUGUUCGAGAAGGACCGUCGACGGCUAUAUAAACGCCGUGCGAGCAUUGUCAUUAGGAAUCCAGGAGUCCAGUGAGGAAUUCAGGAGUUGAGUCCGCACAGUGAAGUGAUGUAAAGUGAAGACCGAGCGUCUGCUGAAGAAGGGGAUUCCCCGGCAAGCUAGUCGACGAGUGCAUCGAGCGUCUGCAUUUCCGGAAGAAGUUCCUUCUUCGAGAUUUGCCCCCAAGUUACGCCGAGAUCGUCCGACUCCAAGACCAACCAGCACGGUGAAUACGAUUGGACACUUAGUGUUCCUAUUUAUUUUGUACUUUACGUGUUGGACUCUUGUGGUUGUCGUUAUUUUCUUGUGUUUGUUAAUAGCCAUCUGAGUUGUAUUGUGUUGUGUCUAGCCUAAGUGUGCAAGUGUGUGUGUAACUGCCUUGUGUGAAGAAUAUAUUUUGUUGUGUUUUGACCACUCUGGGCUCUGACUCGGUCUUUGGACAGCAACCGGCGUUCGCUGGCGCACCAGAGGGCCCACUCUUAAUUGUCCUUGCUUUCGUGGGAUUAUUUUCGGAAGCUGAUAAGUCGGCUUUGGAAUUUAGUCCGGCGUCUGCGCCUCGUUCACCGGGGUCUGUGACAAUAUUUCUGGCGUCCGCGACAGGACCUUUCUGGUGCAAAUUGUGUGUCCAUAGUAGGGAGAAAGAGCCUAGGGUCGUUUACAUCACCAUUGCAAACGAUUUUGAGUGUUGCACCACGUUCUGCUAACUUGUGUGCAGAGAGCAGUUCGAUAGUUGAAAUCUAGGCAGAUAUUUUUUGCACGCGGCUAGAUUUUUGAAGGGCAUUAUGGAUCUCGAGAAAUUAGUUGCCCUUGGUGAGAAGAUGGGUCUUUCCGGAGCGGAACUACGGAAGUGGGUUAGUCAGAAGGAAAAAGAAGCUGUAGAAAGAGAGAAGCUAGCGGCCGAAAGGGCCAAGGAAGAAAGAGAAGCAAAGGAGCGAGAAAGAGAGGCGAUGGAGCGAAAAGAAGAAAGAGAAGCAAAGGAGCGACAGAUCAGAGAGGAAAGAGAAGCAAAGGAGCGAGAAAGAGAGGCGAUGGAGCGAAAAGAAGAAAGAGAAGCAAAGGAACGACAUAUCAGAGAAGAAAGAGAAGCUGAAAUAGCUGAGAGAGAAAGACAAAGACAGCAUGAGUUAGAAUUCGAGCGACUUCGUUUGCAGCAGCGCACAGACGCUCCCGCCCAGGCAAGAGUCGAUAGCACUGAAAGGGAAGAAACUAUCUUCCGUCUGAACCCAAGCAAACUGCUUGUGGCGUUUGAUGAAAGAAAAGAUGACCUCGAUGCUUAUUUGCAUAGAUUUGCGACAGUUGCUAAAAGCCAGAAUUGGCCAGAGGAUCAAUGGGCCACUGCGUUGAGCACGUGUUUGAGUGGCGAAGCACUUAGUGUGUACGGUAGGCUGACGCCAACCGAUGCCUCUAAUUAUGGAAGGGUGAAAGCUGCUUUACUGAAAAGAUUUAGGUUCACCGUAGAAGGCUUCCGAGAUAAGUUUAGGACUGGAAAGCCCGCCGAUGGCGAGACUGCCACGCAAUUUGCCGCGCGGCUCAGUCACUAUUUUGAUAGGUGGACCGAACUUUCAGAGACUGCACAGGAGUACGGUGCGCUUAGAGAGCUGCUGAUCAAGGAGCAGUUCCUCAUCAGUUGCCACCCGAGCCUGUCACUCUAUCUGAAAGAAAGGAAGGCUAAAUCACUUCAAGAUAUGUUGGAAUUGGCAGAUCAAUUUUUGGAAGCACAGGGAGGCACCAAUCUCUCCAAGAUUAGAAAAGAGGAGCCAGGGGACGCAAAGAAACCGGCAUCCGAUGAAAGAAGAAACCCUCCGAAGCCUGUUCCGAGGUGUUAUCUCUGUAACCGACUAGGCCACCAUGCUAGCAGUUGUCGGACCAACUUUACGCGCCCCAACGAGGUUAAAUGUUUUAAAUGUGGACGAACGGGGCACAAAGCCGAUUCAUGUUGCAACGGAGUGAAGGAAGCUCCCCAAGCAUCCUGUGUGUAUGCCCCGCCAAAACACCAAGAAGACAUAAACGACGGCUUUGUAGAACUUCGAGACGGAAAAAGAAUUCCAGUCGUUAAUGCGGUGAUGACCCAACGGCCCGAAUUUCCCGAUAAGGGAAUGCCCGUACUUGCCGGAAAAAUGGCAGGCAAACAAAUUACGGUGUUACGAGAUUCCGGCACCAGCACUGUGAUAGUGCGAAGGGACUUAGUAAAGGACGAGGAGCUCACGGGCGAAACCACUUUAGUUUACCUGAUCGACGGUACGGUUAGGAAGCUUGCCGAAGCCAAAAUUGAGGUCGAUACCCCCUAUUACAGUGGGAAAGUCACUGCGCUUUGCAUGGACCACCCACUGUACGACCUAAUCAUAGGAAACGUUGAGGGAGUUCGCGCCCCAGACGAUCCGAAACCUUUGGAAGAAGAAUUGAAGAUCGAAACAUCGACGAUUGAAGAGCCACACGGAAAACCAUCAACAUCCGACGAGAACACCGCGGCAGCUGUCACCCGAACUCAAACAAAGAUUCAGAGAAAACCUUUCCAGCUCCUUUCCGCGCCCAAUUCCGAAAAUAAACCGACCGGGACCCAUGACCACGCAAAACACUACUAUCGAAAAACCAAGGACAGGAAAUUUAAAUUUAAGAACCGUUAACGAUUAGUGUGUGGUGCAAAGCGUUUUGAUUGAGUGCACCGAGUGUUUGUUUAUGUAUUUGUUUGUGUUCUAUAAAUUACCCUGUCAUAGUUUUGUAUACUUGUUGCACAUGUUGUAUUUCAAAUAUUUGCCUUGUUACGCGAGAUAUGUAUUUUUGUAUAGUACAAGUGUAAUUGUUACGUGAGAGAUGUAUUAUUGUAUAGUACAAGUGUACAUGUUACACGAGCGAUGUGUUAUUGUGUAGUCCAAGCGUACUUGUGUGACUUGUGUUUGUAUUCGAUGUAUCACAAGUGAUGUGUGAAUUGUGGUGGACUGAUUUAUGGACUUACGGACUCGUGUGUAGUGGACUUUUGUGCGCGCUUCUUUUGUGUUUCUUUGAAUAUUAUUGCAUAAUAUUCUUAAAGUGGGGGGCAGUGUCACAAAAGAGCGCGUAAUCAAAGCGCGCGCCGAGUGUCGCGCGGGCCAGCGAGGGAACGCGCCGGUCCCGCGGCGGCUUCAACAGAGGGGGGGAGCGCAUGCGCCUCGAGCAACCACGCUAACAACGGCGCCGAAACGUCUGGAACGAGGUUCGACGAAGCGACGUUAACCGGAGAGAGAGAGAGAGCACACGCGCGCGCCGAGACUCCUUCUCACCCGGCGAGCCGAGAGAGAUAACUACAGCGUGAGCGUGC